CAGCCGAGUGCGCACGCGUCAGUUCCGGCGGGGAGCGCGGCGCGGCGCGUGGGUAGGAAACGCCGCGGCGGCGGGGGAGCGGAAAAUGGCGGCGGCCGCGCAGCUCACGGAUGAGGAGCUCUUCUCGGAGCUGAGGCGCUUCGGCUUCUCUCCGGGGCCGGUCACCGAGAGCACCCGGCCCGUCUACCUGAAAAAGCUGAAGAAGCUGCGCGAGGAGGAGCGGGCCGGGGCCCGCGGCGGCGCCAACAAGACCCGGAACAGCAACAACAAUAACACGGCGGCCGGAGGCGGCGGCGCCGGGAGAGCGGGCGCGGGCGGGCGGCUGGCGGGCGCCGAGCACCCCUACCUCCCCGGGGCCGCCGGCGGCGGGCGGAGCCGCGCAGCACCCCCUGCCGGGGGCGGCAAAGUGCUGCUGGGCUUCAGUUCGGACGAGUCGGACGCGGAGGCCAGCCCUCGCGGCCAGGCCGGCGGCAGGAGGGAGCGGGCUUCGUCCCUCUUCCGCGGCGCGAGGCCCGGCGGCGGCAGCGGCGGCCCGGCCCCUCCGGAGGAGGCGGCCCGGCGGAAGCCCAGCGCCUGGUGGGGGGCGGCGGCGGCCCGCAGAGCUGCUCCGGGCGCCUGGGAGCGCGGGGACGGCGGCGAGGAGGAGGAGGAGGACGACGCGGAGGAGGAGGAGGAGGAGAAGGGCGAGCAGCGGCGGUGGAAGAACCGGACCGUGAACGGCAGCCGGCUGCUCGCCUGCGGCGGGGACAAGUACUCCGACUCGGAGGAAGAGGAGGCGGCGGCCCGGCAGCAGGUACCGAGGGAGGAGCCGGGGGCCCGCCGGCCCAGACGGAGCCUCGGCAAGUCCGCCCCAUUCAUAGCGAGCAGAUGCUCCGCGGCCGGCGCUGGCGCGAUGGAGACGGGCCGGGACAGGGCCGGCGGGGACUGCGGUGCCGGCGCGGCCGCCGCGACUGACGGGGCGGCGGGGGCGGCCGCUGCCGGGAGCCGAGACGGGGGCGGGAGCCGCGAGGAGACGGCGGCGGCGGGGGGAAGAUGCGAGAGUCCGGAGUCGGGUCCCGCCGGCCCCCGGUACCGCCUCGGCCCGUCCAGGAGAGCCCCCGCGGCGCCGCUCCCGGGCGCGGACAGCGGUGACGGCGCCGAGCCCCCGGGCGCCUCCAGGAAGGCCACCAACAACCACGUCCUCGGCGGGGCCGCCGGCAGCUACGGCGCCGAGCCCAGGAUCUAUUCCGCUACCAACAGCCUCCCCCCGGGCGGGAGCGCCUCCCUCAGACUCAACCACUCCAAUCAUACGGGUUCAAAUCACACCUACCUGAAAAACACCUACAAGAAGAAUCUCUCCGAGCCCGAGGAGGAGCUUCUCCAACAGUUCAAAAGAGAGGAGGUAUCCACCACUGGAGGCUUCAGUGCACAUUACCUGUCCAUGUUCCUCUUAACUGCUGCAUGCUUGUUCUUUCUGAUACUGGGAUUCACAUACCUGAGAAUGAGAGGUUCUGGAGUAGCUGAGGAUGUGGGAGCCAACAUCAAGAAUCCCUUCAGUGGAGAACUACAUGAUAUAGAAGAAGAUGAAAUAAGCCUCGUGAUGAACAGCUUAUAUGCACUUCAUGAUAAAUUGGCACAAGUAGCAGGGAAGCAUGAAUGUGGCAGCUCUGUUCAAAGAAACCUUUCCGUCCAGGAGGCAGCUGCGUAUUUGAAAAAUAUAGAUCCAGAAUAUGAAAGUGUAUUUAACACAGCACUACAGUGGAUAUUGAAUAGUGGGGAAGAUGUUGGCAUAAAGUGUCUUGGCAGUGACCCUAAUGAUAUGGAUGUCACUAAUGUGACGGACGUGAAGUACCUGGAAUCCACAAGUCCAAAGAUGUCUUUCAGGUGUCGUUUUCGCCGUGCAUUUAUUAGCGUAACUCAUAGAUUAUCAAUUCCGCUUUUAGGUGUAGCAGUGGUUUGGGGAGUCUUGCACUACAUGAAAUACCGUUGGGCAAAAGAAGAAGAGGAAACGAGGCAGAUGUAUGAUAUGGUGGUAAAAAUCAUAGACGUUCUAAGAAGUCACAGUGAGGCAUGUUCUGAAAAUAAAGACUUGCAGCCUUAUAUGCCUAUUUUACACGUGCGUGAUUCUCUAAUACCAGCUCAGGACAGGAGGAAAAUGAGGAAAGUCUGGAGUAGAGCAGUUGACUUUCUAGCGGCAAAUGAAUCCAGAGUUCGCACAGAGACACGAAGAAUAGGUGGUGCUGAGUUCUUGGUUUGGAAAUGGAUGCAGCCUUCUGCAGCAUGUGACAAAGUUUUAGUAAUACCAGCAAAAGUGUGGCAAGGCCAAGCAUUUCAUCUAGAUAGAAGAAAUUCACCGCCAAACAGCUUGACACCGUGUCUGAAGAUUCGCAAUAUGUUUGACCCUGUUAUGGAAAUAGGUGAUCACUGGCAUCUAGCAAUUCAAGAAGCAAUCUUGGAGAAAUGCAGUGAUAACGAUGGAAUUGUUCAUAUUGCUGUGGACAAAAACUCACGUGAGGGUUGUGUAUACGUCAAGUGUCUGUCUCCAGAGUAUGCAGGGAAGGCUUUUAAGGCAUUACAUGGCUCUUGGUUUGAUGGAAAGCUGGUAACAGUAAAAUACCUGCGGCUAGAUCGAUACCAUCAUCGUUUCCCCCAGGCUCUUACCUGCAACACUCCACUAAAGCCAUCAAACAAACACAUGAACUCUAUGUCACACCUCCGUCUUCGGACAGGCACAACUAAUUCUCAGGGAAGUUCCUGAGGAGACUUUCUACAACCGCCAGGACUGUUACUUGCAACAGGAAUAUUCCUGUUUGGCUGCCGUCUUCCUUUUUUAGUGCUUUUUGUAUGUAAUACUUUAAUGAUUUAAAUAAAAGUUUGAACGUUCCAGAGAUCUUGUUUCCAAAGGGACUUAGCAGUGAGGCAGUAAUACUGAGCUGACAGGAAAAAAGAAAUUGCUUCAGGAAGUUUUCCGGGGCUACGUUAAAGCAAUGCAUUUAAUUUUGCAUGUGGAAUACCGAAUUCGUUAAACAUUUUCAGAUGUGGUGACUGUAUUUUUGCACCAAGACGUGUUUUUGAUAAUACAAAAGCAUGGAGAAACGACGACUUCCUGUAUUUCCAUAGUUUCCUGUGAAAUAAUCUCGUGGGUAUUUUGUAACAAACAACCUACAGUUCCCGAUGGUGAAUAAGUUUAAAAAAAAAAAAAAAGAAAAAAAAGAAAAAAAAGUAUUUUUUUCCAUUCAAUAUUAGUUGUUUUUUUUUUUCUUGCCGUAAAAUAAUAAUUUUCUGCAGCUAGGGUAUGGGGGAAGUUAAUCUGGCAUUAGUGGUUGCGUAUCAGUGUGAGGGAAAACGAGCUGAAUGCGGAUGUGCUGGGUUUUGUAUAUAAAUGUAAAUGCUGGUGGUGGCAAAACUGGUUUUGUUCUGUGAGGAUGUCUGCGUCGAAGCAGUGAAUAAGCUUCCUAUUUUAUUCAAAACCUGACGUUUUAUAUGGGUUUGGCUGCACCAUGACAAGAGGCCAAAUACCUUGAAGUGUUAGAUACAGGUUAAAUAUCUUUUAUAGGUUUUAUAUUAAAAUACCUUAUGAUUUUGUGUGAGAGGUCUGAUACCAAUUGUAAUGAAUUCAAAUUUGCGAGCAAUAAAGACACAAUUGGCAGAUACUGGAAAAGUAUUUUGUGAAAAGCUGUAUUUAUUAUGAUGAUUGCCAGGGCUGUGACAAAAUACCAUUUGGGAUUAAGCGAUGGACCAGUUACCUUCUAAAACGUUGAAAGGUGCUCACUUCCCUGCAGCAAUUUUGGCUGACGCACGCUAGAAGUACUGCUGCCAGUAAAUUGUGUGAUUGCAAGUUUGUAAACUUGGCAAAAUUUUGCCUAGAACUGCAGGAUUGUUGCUGAGAAGCGUAGCUGCAAAUCUAAGACUAUUGGCUCCUCUAAUCCCCGCUCCUACCAUGAUUUUAGCUGAGCACCUAGGUGAAUAUCCCACAGGGGCUGGGGCUGGAAGCACACCAGUCCAAAGAAAUGACUGAAACUCACUUUACUUUGUAGAUACGACGGAUUUGCAGCAUGGACUUGCACAAAUAAUGCACGUUUUUCUUACGGUUAAGUAAACAUGAUGCACACUAUUCUGCAACAGAAAUCCUAUUGUGCCUUACCUUCGUGCUUUUGUGGGCACCAUGUUUAUUAUUGGAGAGUUUGUUAACCGAGAAAUUUUAAAUCCUCAGUUUUAUGUCUCAGAUGCUAAUGAAUGAGUAUAUAUAAUAUAUAAUCAGCCGCGCAGAAUUCCGCUUACCGACGACAAGUACAUAUUUUUGACGGGUAAGUGAAUUGUGCCAGGUCUGGUAGAUUUCGAUGAGUUUUCCUAUAUACAUAUAUGUAUAAUAUACAUGUAUAUGUACUAUAUAUAUGUAUAUAAACUAAUGGCGUUGUAUCGAUGUGCAUCAGUGACUUGUUAACCUGACCUUAGUGACCCAUCUUGUGACCUGUUGCAAGAAUGAAUGUAAAAAUAGUUGUGGCAUUUUCAAAGGUCGCCUCUUGAUGCAGCCGCGUCCAUCUUGCUUCUGAAAUAUACUUCUUGUAAACACUGUACAUUAUUAAUGUAAUAUGUACUAUUAUGCAGCUUCUUUUACCUUAAACUGUUAAGUUGACCAAUGUCCCUUCCUGCCUGAGGGAGGGGGACGUGUAUAAUACCGAACAUUUGAGAGGAAUCAGAUGUUUGCUGUAAUUUGUCACCCUGUCCUGUAAAAACCAACGCUCUGCCAACCAGACUCGAAUUAAAGGUUUAUUAGGGUUUUUUA